AUGGGGUCCAACGAGGCGGACAAGCCGCUGCGGCGGAUCGGCGCGUCGUUCGAGCAGCUCGCGGCCGUCGCCAAGCAGCAGCAGCAGCAGCCCGCGAUGGCGGCGGGGGACUUCUCGCGCGCCUGCUCCAACGUCUCCGUCCUCUUCGGCUGCCUCGGCAUCGCCUUCAAGUUCGCCGAGAUGGACUACGUCGCCAAGGCAAGCGCCCGCUCCUCCGCCCCCCUCUCCUCCCCUCCCCGCUACCUGCUCUGCUCUAGCUCGCGUCUCGCGAUUCCUCCCCCGGUUGGAGCCCUCGGCUGCUUAGGGCGAGUCGGCUGUUCGGUUAAUGAUUUACUGGAGGCAUCCAAGACGAUUUCGACACUGCCCUCCAUGGUUGAGCUUGACAUUCAGAAGGGCACUGUCAGGCAGGCGGGGAGCCAUACGAGGAAUCUACUCAGGGUUAAGCGUGGGAUUGAUAUGGUGAAAGUUCUGUUUGAGCAGAUAUUAGUCACAGAAGGCAACUCCCUGAAGGACGCAGCGUCAAAGGCUUAUGCUCAGGUGUUUGCUCCUCACCAUGGCUGGGCCAUAAGGAAAGCAGUUGGUGCUGGAAUGUAUGCCCUCCCUUCUAAGUCACAGCUCUUGAAGAAACUGAAUGAAGAUGAAAAUUCGGCAAGGGCUCAAAUGCAGAGUUUCGUCAGGUCGUCUGGACCAGUAAUUCUCUACGUCGAAGACCUCUUCACCUCCAAGAAUUUAGGGUUAGACUGGUGA